UGGUUGCUUACCUGCGACUCUGGCCGUGGCACUUAAGACCUGUUUGCUAUUGUGGAUGAUGCUGUAGAGCGGCAGUGAGCAGGAUUCCGAGGAGCAAUGGGACGACAUGGCCAUCGUGCGGGCGUUUGAGGAGGCUCUGACUGACCAGCGUGCUCGGAACACUACAUCCGCCAAGUCAAGUGGCAGGAAGCACAAAACGGCGACGCGGUCGAACGGCAAGAAGGCUGCACGAAGCUUAUCGGAGGACGGUGAUGAGCAGAACGAAUAUGGGCACCCAGGGACAUCUGCAGCAGCAAACGUGGGAAUGUAUGGACAGCCGAACGCUGCAGCUUCCCCAGGAUAUGCACCAGGAUUCAGUCCGCUCGCCUAUCAACAGCAACAGCCAUCACCACAACAGCAGACAUCGAGCGAUGUGUACCAGGCUGCGUACGCUCAGCUUCAAGCUCAGUUCCAAGCUGCGUAUCCUGCUGCCGCACCUCCUCAGCCGUUUGGACAAGGCGGUCAGAUGCCUACAUUUGCAGCGCAGUCAUCGUACUAUCCACCGCCUCCACCCAUUCCCGCCGUGCCGACGCCAUUCCCUGGUAUGCCUGGUGCUUCAGUCCCAUUCCCAGGAACAUCACCCGGCGCAGUAGGGUCAGACAAUGGCUUGGCGAACGUUCUCAUGGCCUGGUAUCAGUCAGGAUAUUACACUGGCCGCUUCCAGGCCAUGCAAGAGAUGAAGAUGCGUGGCCGCCAAUAG